AUGCCCUCACUCACGUUGACCAACCCGGACAUGAUCCUCCCCUUCGACGGCGAGCGACAAUCCCAAACACCCUCCCCACCCCAACUCGCCUACCUCGCGAAUAUCAACCGCCAAUACGACAAUGCCCCCGCCAUCCCUCGACAGAAGAAAAAUUUUUCCCGCCAUGCCUGGACCCACGACGACGUGAACGUUAGCCGUCGCCUGUCAGAUAUCGGCGAGGAGCUAUCGCCUGCCAGGUCGGAGAGUUUCGACGACACCAGCGGCUACGCAGAGCAAGGACAGGAGGACAAGGAGAAUGCGGCGCACAGCAGCUCCAGCUCGACGAUUAGUGCGGGGAGUCGUCGCGCGUCGGAGACCCCUGAGUCUGGCGAUGUCUCGGCCGUGCACGAAGUCGCGAGAGCACAGGUGAACGCCGUCGUCGGGGCUGGACCUGCUACCUUACCGGCGAGCAGUGCUGUGGCGUCUGCAGCUGCAGAGGGCAAGGGGCCUGGUGAGGAGUUCACAUCUGCGAUAUUGAGCAGCGAGGCGGAGCGGAUUUUGGAGAACGCGAAAAAGAGACUGAACCUUAUGGAAGGGAAUUUGACACGCGCGAGAUCAACGACGCGCUCUUCGUCUUCGCCGUCGCCUUCGAACUCGGGCUAUAUUCAGCCGUUGGGUAAACAACAGCCGGUCGGGGGGCUAUAUCGAUCGAUAUCGAAGACGGAUCCGAGGAAUUCUUCCCUGAGACGCCAGUCGCUUAUCGCGUCGCAGGAUACGACGAAUAAUCGCCAUUCGAGGGUGCAUUCGGAGACGAAUAUCCCGUCUGAGUCGAGUCUGUUGAAUGACCCGAAGCGCAUGUCGCGUUCGGUCAGUGCAAUGGGCACCAGUAGCCAUGCCAGUCUUCACACAGAUGAUAGAUCGUUCCAGUAUGCACCUACUCGGGCGUACCUCACCCAUCGCUCUUCUAUAUCGUCGAUCAAACCCCCGAUUCAGGUGCAGGAGGAAGACCCCCAGAUCCACACGCACUCUCCAGUCUCCAUACCCGAGAACCCUAUGGAUUCUCCACAGGGAUUGGGUAUUUCUUCAGAUGAGGGGUCUAAAUCCAGCCCGGAAAGCUUUAGCCCGGUCUACAGCUCGUUUGGCCCCCCGAGUCGCGCUCAGUCGCAACUGCAGGUUCGCGAUCUUCAGUACCAGAUGAAGGGUCUUCAUAUCAAGAUCUCCUCGUUGAAGGUGAAGACCCAAGAGGACAAUCUCCGGCGGCGCAGUCUGCAGAGUUUGCGCACUCCCAGUCCAUUGUCGGCCGCUGAGAACUGGUAUGCCAAUGCGCUGGAGCUCAGAGAAGGCCAAAGCAGCAGGGGAUCUGAUCCUCAGCGCGAGCCCUCCAAGGAUGCAGCCGCUCAAGCUCGUCGCGACUCGGACGAGAAUAUCGCGGGCGACUCGCCAAAUCCUGGCCAUGGGCAACAGCAGACUAAGCCCGUCGACUAUGAUGACACCCAAUCUGUCGGCGAGAGCAUGUACGAGGAUGCCGAGGAGGGUGACUACGAUGAAAUCGACCGCGAAGCUUUGGAUGAGAUCUUGCGGGAACCACUCGACGAGGACCUGGAGAGCGACACAGAAGCCUUCCCAGACAUUCCCCAGGACGCGACACCUCACGAGAUGCGCGAGGAUGCCUUCGACUAUGAACAUUUCAUCCUGCACAGCGCCUUGGGCAAUUACACCCAGCAGCUCCGCCGCGUGAGCAACAGCUCGAAUGGAUCCGUGGAGACAACCAGGCCUUCAUACCCAGUGCGACACUCCCGCACCAACAGCAACAUGUCCGACUCAACCGUAGCCACCUUCGCCACAGCCACUGAAGGCAGGCCCGACGAGGACGACAUAGACAGCGUGAUGUACUGGGACCGACGCUUCAAUCACGAACUUCGACACGGCCACACCCACAGCCAUUCCCGAUCCCAAUCCAACUCUCACCCCUCCCACGCUCACAGCCACCAACCCAGCCCCAUCCAAGAGAUCGAGGUUGAGGGCGACCGUUCCGCGACCCCUCGUGGGCCCCGCGACAGUAAUGGCGAUCUUGCCGCCAACGGUCUGACCAGCGUCGAUGGGCGCUCAUCCGCCACGACAGCCGGGUCCGCGACGCCGACCGCCCUCGUCUCGUCUCUUGUAUCCACUGUGCGCGCUGCAUCCAGCACUCCUACCGUAGGCGGCAUCAACGACGAUGAUACUCAGAUGCUGGAGGCGCUCUUCAGCAGCUUGGGGCGCGUCUGUACCGAUCUGCAGGCUAUCACGACUUCUCCGAACCCCGACGACAAGGUUGUGCGUGUGCUUCGGCGCCGUCUGGAUGCUGCGCGGAGAGUCCUAGAUGGAGAACUUGAUGCUUGA